GAGUCCAGAAAAAAAAAAAUGCAUGGAAGAAAGAAAAUGAAUGAAAGUCGGAAUGAGAAAUCUUAAGAAAACAUUAAGAGGAGAAUGAGACAAUACACAUACUUGCAUAGAGAUACGCACACAAUGAUGUACACACAGCUAAAUAUACACUCACACGCACAUACACACACCUACACACCCGUCCAUGUGUGUCUGUGUAUGUACAGACAGACACACACACAUACAAACACAAACAGCAGAUAAAGAAACAGAAACGAAAAGAAAGAAAGAAAGAAAGAGAGAGAGAGAGAGCUUAAAGUAUAUGUAAAUUUCCUUCUGGCCGUCAUUAAAAGCUGCACGUUUGUCGUAGCAAGUGCGCGGGAUUACACACACACACACAGACUGCCAUUAUCCAAAUUGGCUUCUUCACUCAAAAAAAUCCUGUUUUUUUUUUCGAUGUUUUACUAUUCAGGGUAGAGGUUUCGCUUCGAUUUGAAAAUAAAGACAUAAAGGACAAUGAACAUCUAAAGGAGAGGAUUAAUUUCUCACUAUCAAUAUUAUCACUGCCAUAUUAAAAGUUGUGUUUAAUGGACAUUAAAGAUGGCUGCAGUGUUUGAAAUGGGCGAUGAAUCUACAGAAACAUGCAGUCAGGUAAAUUAUGAGGACAAGAUAUUUCACAAAGUUGAAAAUUUCUUAAAUUGUGCCGUAGACAAUCACAACCAUGUUAAAAAUAAAGAAUCUGAUUGGCUGAGCUUGGAAGGAAUUAAACCAGCCACACAAACCGAACAAGCACAACACCAAAUUCAUGAUGAAAACUUUUUAAAUUACAAGAAUGUUUCUAAAGCCAAGCCAGGUCCCGAAAAUAUGAUUUCAAAUGGUGUUGUUUGUAGUAUGAAAGAAUUUCCCCAAAAUUCUUGGGAUAAAACUUGUAAAUUCUCAAAAAAAACAAAUUGUCAAAUUGAAAUUGAAGGGAAUUCCUCUACUGAAUCAGAAUCACUGUCCAAACUCCAAGAAGAAAGCAUCGAAACUGAAGUGCCUUCGACAUGCAAAUCUUUCGACAUGUGGGAAAAUACCAUUUUAAAGACUGAUAAUUCCACCAAAAAUACUGAAAGUACAAAAGCAUUAAAUGCUUCCACAGAUGCUGGUCUCAAAGGUGAUUUGAAAAUGGAAUGUGAAGAACCAGUAACAGAGACUAGUCAACGCCAGCAACUCAAAGAUGGUCAGUCAUCACCUAGAAUCAAUUCUGCUUUAGAAGAUAAAUCGUUCACACCAAAUUUUACUGAUGACAAUGUCAAAACCUUAGAGUCUUCAGCAUUAUUGAAUCACGAACAUAUAUAUUCUAAAACUGACAACAGAACUAAAUGUGCUGUAGACACAUCUUUACCAAAUGCACAUCGGUUAGCAGAGAAUGAAGAAAAUGUUUCCAAACUUGAAUCGAAAAUGACAAAGAACUGUUUGGAAAAUAAUCUAUCGGAAGGAAUGAGAAAAAGUGUUGAAAAGCAGCCAAACGCAGACAAGUGUUCAAAUAUAUCUAACUUACGCAAACACUGUACACCUUGUCAAGUUAUAGUUCAGGAUUUCUUCAAAGAGCUGAAUAUUGAUCUUGUGGAAUUAUCACGGAAUUUCCCAGUGAAACACAUCCAGAAAAGGCCUCCUGGAAGACCAAGUCUCUUGCGCCAAACAGAUAUUUCAGAGAAUCGCUUUUUCCAUGAUGGCGAUCAGGAAAUGACAGGUGAUGGUGCCAACAAGAACAAUAAUGGUGUCAAGACCAAAAGAAAGCCAGGAAGAAAAUGUAAAAAGCUCACAGAUAAGAAGAAGCGGAUAUUCUCUGCUGGAAUGGCCAGUUGUGAAAACUUCAGUGACUUUAUGGAAGAACAGGAUGAGGACAAAGUAGAUGAUGAUUACAAAGAAAAGCAUUUUAGUGUUGAUGAUGAUGAUGAUGAUGAUGAGGAGGAAGAUAAUCUACCGCUUAUGUCUGUUAAGAAUAAUCUUCAAACACAAAUGUCUGCUUUAUUGAGAAACAGCUUAGAGAACUCUCCCGCUUGUGAAAUUGAAAAAUAUAACAAUGUCAAUAAGGAUAGAGACCUUGAGAAAAAGACUGCCAACACCAUUCCUUCAUCAACAACUAUCAACAGUGUUGAGACACAGCAAUCAGGAUUGCCCAAAGGAUUGUUGACCAAACAGGUAAUUCCUGGAAACAUCGAAGCUGCUUCAAGUCUUGGCAAUAUCACCAUUUCUCCAUAUAUUUCUGAAUCAACAAAUAACAUUUCUUCUGCUACCAACACCAGUGUCACCACCAAUCCUUCUGCAACCACUGCCGCUGCUGACGAUGAUGAAGCUACUAUAUUCACCACCGUCUCUCUUGCCACCAACACCGAAUGUAACUCUACAAACGCCAUCGCCAACCCCACCAAUUCUGCUAUUUCCUCCUCCGCUUCUCCAUUCUCGUCAUUUCCUGUUAACCCCGCCACGCUUACUCCAAUAACUGGAAACAGAGACAGCGUACAAUCAGGAGAAGAGACACAGAAGCAAAGCAAAGAUGGUGUACACCCAAAACCAAAUGACAAAGGUGGUAAAUUCUUUUCCGCCAACACCACAACAGUUACCACUUUCGCCAACAACAACAACAGAUCUCAUUGUGAAAAUCUCAGUAUGAAGACAUCUGGUCAACGUUGUGUUUCUUCGACAAAGCCCAAGUGUAAAUACCAUGGAUUGAACUCAGCACCUUAUCGUAAGUUGUACAAGUGUAAGAAGUGUGGAUUGGAAGCAAAGUGCUUGAGUGACAUCCAGGCACACAUGGGUGGCACCCACUCAGAGUUUUGUAUGUACAGGUGUCCAUAUUGCGUUCCUCGGAACCGUGUGAAGACAAUAAAUUCUAUAGAAUUUGAAGUGCUUCGAAGUAGUAACACCAAUGUGUCGUUGCAGUCUUCAGUGAAGAAAAAGACCCCUUACAACAAUAGCAGCAGCACCACCACCACCACCACCACCACCAGCAGCAGCAGCAACAAUGGCAAGAAGAAGAAAGUGAACCAUCAAAUACAGUUACAGCGAGAGAAGAAACGGAAACUGAAUUACUAUUAUCGGAACCAACAUGAAAUUAAAAAAUACAAAAACACCAAGAUCACAUGCGAAUAUUGCCGGAAGUUGGUGAAUCAGUCGAACAUUUCACGACAUUUGAACAGUAAAAGCUGCAAAGGAUUGAAAAAGAACACAGAAAAACAAAACGUAAACGACAGUGAAAGAAUAGUUAUUAAGAAAUACCAGAAAGUAAAAUGUAACACUUGUCAGAAACAUAUAUCGCGGACAAACCUCUCAAAACAUUGCAGGAUUUGUCCAAAAGAAAACCUGCAUAACUAACUCUCACCGAUUCAGUGAUUGAUUUCAUUUACAGAAAAUGGGCUUUGUUGUUUUUUUGGAGGGGGGAUUUUUUUUUUAUCUAACCUUUUAAAGGUUUUUUUUUUUUUUUUUAACAACGAAACUCUGGACGAAGAGAAGAAAACAAAGAAGCCCCACACGUUUCCUUCCUGUGUCUCACCCCUCCCCCAACCAUAUUGUUGUUGUUGUAAGCAUUUUUAUUUCUAUCUUUUAGCUUUUUUAUUUGUUUUGUAAGGUUUAUUGUUUGUUUGUUGCAUUCCACCACCACCACCCCUCCGCCAACAUUACUUGGCUUUUUUUUUACAAUAUGACUCAUACAA